CUCCCCUCUUCUAACUCUCCGUUCCAUUCUCUUUCUCGCGUGUCAGAGAGAGCGGCGGUAGCCCUGUCAGCGCGCGCAGCUCUCCUGGGCGUCAGCGGGGCUUGCAGGGGGGAGGCGCCGAGGGAGGCCCCCGCCGCAGCAGCAACCGGGCCCGUCCUCGCGCUCGCUCGGUGGACGGAUCCUGCCUAGCCGGGGGAGGGGUGCCGCGUCCGAGGCGGCAAGAUGAGCAUCGAGAUCCCGCCGGGUCUGACGGAGCUGCUGCAGGGCUACACGGUGGAGGUGUUGCGGCACCGGCCGCCGGAUUUGCUGAACUUCGCCGCAGAGUACUUCAGUCGCUUGAGAGAUGCCCGGGACCAGGAGCUGCGGGAGGUGGCCAGGGGCAAAGGGGUCGUCUUCGACGGGGAGCCCAUGCAGACGGAGUCCAACGGCGAGGACGAGCGGAGGCAAGACGUCGACGAGGAGUCCGAUUCCGACUUUGAGCCUCCUGUUGCUAACAGAUUCAACAGAAGAGUAUCAGUCUGUGCAGAAGCAUUUAACCCAGAUGAAGAAGAGGAUGAAGCAGAAGCAAGGGUAGUUCAUCCCAAAACAGAUGAGCAAAGGUGCAGAUUGCAGGAUGCAUGUAAAGACAUCCUCCUUUUCAAAAACCUGGACCAGGAGCAACUGUCACAGGUUCUCGAUGCCAUGUUUGAAAGGAAAGUGCAACCUCAGGAACAUGUAAUUGACCAGGGAGACGAUGGAGACAACUUUUAUGUCAUUGAACGGGGAUUGUACGAUAUUUUUGUAUCUCGAGAUGGCCAGUCCCGUUGUGUUGGCCGCUAUGAUAACCGUGGCAGCUUUGGAGAGCUGGCCUUGAUGUACAACACUCCUAGAGCUGCGACAAUUGUUGCUACAACAGAAGGGGCCCUUUGGGGGCUGGAUCGAGUGACGUUCAGAAGAAUUAUACUGAAAAACAAUGCAAGGAAAAGGAAGACGUUUGAACUAUUUAUUGAAUCGGUACCCCUUCUUAAGUCACUGGAGCCUUCAGAGCGAAUGAAGAUUGUGGAUGUAAUAGGGGAGAAGAGUUAUCAAGAUGGGGAGCGUAUUAUUUCUCAGGGUGAUCAAGCAGACAGCUUUUACAUUGUAGAAUCUGGUGAAGUAAAAAUCUUGAUUAAAAGCAAGACUAUCACAAACAAGGAUGCAAACCAGGAGGUGGAGAUUGCUCGGUGUCAAAAGGGACAGUAUUUUGGAGAGCUUGCACUUGUUACCAACAAACCGAGAGCCGCCUCUGCGUAUGCUGUUGGGGAGGUCAAAUGUUUAGUUAUGGAUGUACAAGCAUUCGAGAGGUUACUUGGGCCCUGUAUGGACAUUAUGAAGAGGAAUAUAACACAUUAUGAAGAGCAGCUGGUGGCACUGUUUGGUUCUAGCUUGGACCUGACCGAUCCAGGCAAUUAGGCACAGAGUUACCUGGGUGCCUUCUCCGUUCAAGACACAGAAGAGCCUCCUAUUAGCAACACCACACAAAUGAAAAAUGGACACUACGGGACAGUGGCUGUUGGUGUCUUCUUGGGCAUUUUUUUUUAAGAAACCUACGUAGGUCUCAGCAUAGCCGGAUGGGUCAAGGCUCGCUCUAGGCCUCUGCUUUGCUGCUGAAAUUUCAUUAUUAGACCUAGCUUACUGCUAAAUUUCUUUAAUCCUCCUUUCACUUUGCUUGGUUCAGAAUGGCAUGUCUCUCCAACAAUUUAAGUGCCUGAUACAAAGAUGUGGAGUCCUCUCUGUUGUUCUUGCUUAAAAAAAAAAAAGGAAAUACAUGGCAAAAAAAGUUUGCAAGUGAUUGGGGGUAGGAGGUGGCUCUUACUUGCCUCGGGGACAGCCACCUCCUUACAGUCUCUUAUUUUCAGUAUUCUCUUUUCCCCCUCAGCAUACCACAAACUGUGUUUAGUGAUGAUAUCCUUGGAUUUGAAAUAGUUGUUAACUCUCUGAGAGGAUGGAAAUGUGCCAGAACUAGUGAGUUUGUGAGGUCUGGGGCUGUUGUGCCAUCUGUGGGAUUGUGGCAGGUACUGCAGCUCCUAAAUUCUGAGAACUCAAGGGCUGCUUGCCUUGUCAAUAAGGAGCAAUGAAACAAAAUACUAAGUCAUUAUAUGUAACAGCAAACAGGUUUUUUUUUUUUU